AUGGUGUCACUCAAACUCCAGAAGCGUCUGGCUGCGUCCGUGCUCAAGUGCGGCAAGCGCAAGAUCUGGCUCGACCCGAACGAGUCGAACGAAAUCGCCCUGGCCAACUCGCGCCAGAACAUCCGGAAGCUUGUGAAGGAUGGUUUUGUGAUCAAGAAGCCGCAAGUGAUCCACUCGCGGGCGCGCUUUACGAAGCGCAAUGAAGCCAAGCGCAAAGGCCGCCACACGGGCAUUGGUAAGCGUCACGGUACGGCCAACGCCCGUCUGCCGUUCAAGGUCAUUUGGAUGCGUCGCAUUCGUGUGCUCCGUCGUCUCCUUCGCAAGUACCGCGAAGCCAAGAAGAUUGACAAGCACAUUUACCACGAACUCUACAUGCGCAGCAAGGGUAACCAGUUCAAGAACAAGCGCGUGCUCAUGGAGACGAUCCACAAGAUGAAGGCGGAGCGUCAUCGUGAAAAGACGCUCAAGGAGCAGUCGGAUGCCCGCAAGGAAAAGGCCAAGUCUGCUCGUGAGCGCAAGUCGAAGAAGACGGCCGCGGUGCCGGUUGCGAAGCAAGAGUAA